AUGGGACACAUCUGGAUAGGAUUGUUUUAAAAAUAUUAGAUAAACAAUUAAAAAGGAGCAUUUGGAAUAAUAUUUGAUUAUUCUUUGAUAGAUAGAAAUUCUUUUAAAAAUGUAGAAGGUUGAAUUAAAUCGAUUUUAGAGAGUUCAAUUGAUGAAGUGUAUAUGUGAAAUAAAUAAAAUAAUAGUUGUUAAAUAUUGGUAGUUAAUAAAUUAGAUUUAUAAGAAUGGAGAGUAUUACCAGGUGAAGUUGGUUUAAAAGUAUAAUAUGUCAUUCAUAGAAACAAGUGCUUUAGAGAAUAAGAAUAUAUGUUCAAAGAUGUAUUGUAUACAUAGAUGAUAUUUUCGAUAGAUUGGGUCAAAAUCUAAAGAUUAGAUUGGAGAAUGAAAAUUGAAAAGUUUAAAAUAAUAUGGAUACAUACUCUAGUUAGUUUAAGUUGAAUUAUGAGAUAAACUCAAGCAGAGUAUCCAACAUCUAAUUG